AUGACAGAUCUGCAGGAUCAUGACAUGAACCUGGAAGAAGAUUACGACGAAGAGGCCGACAGUGACUUUGAAGGCGAUGGCUCGGGUCGUGAAGCCUUAUCCUCUUCGUCCGAUGACGAUGAUCGAAAUGCCGACGGUGCGUCCCGUCGACCUCGCAAACGGCAAAAGACCGAAAAGUCACCGACUCAGGAAGAGUUGAUCACAGAACUCGACUCAGGUGAUGAGGUUACCAUUCGCGAACAAAAGAAGGCGCGAAGGAAAGGAAAGAGAGAUGAGCAUAACGGAGAUGACUCAGAAGGGUGGCGAGCCCGGACCCGCACUAUGCGGACGAAGGAAGAGGAAGAAAGAAGCAGGAACAGACCAGCAUCAAGCAAGGGGAGCAUUCUCGAUGUAAACAAGAUAUGGGAGGAGAUGAACCAGCCAGGUCCACUUCCUCCUCCAUGCGUUGAGGGUGACGCCGGCGACCAGACAGUGAGGUCUCGUGAUGUUGGUUCUGUGAAAGAAGACACCGACAAAGAGAAUGUGCCUGACGUCGAUGGUGAAGAGACCAUCACGAUUAAGCGGACAUACAAGUUCGCAGGUGAGAUUCACGUUGAGGAAAAGACGGUUCCAAAGUCAUCGGCAGAGGCGCGGCUGUGGCUAUCUCAGCAAGACUCCUCAAAGUCGGGGGGCCUCUCGGCUGAUGGCAAAGUCGUGAAUCGACCGCUUCGCAAGAUCUCCCGCUUUGAUCCUAAUUUCAAUAAUGCUGGCGCCUUCAGGGGGUCUUGGACUUCCUCAGCAACGCAUGCAACCCAGUUCAAAGGUCCUAAGCUCAAUGUUGUUGAGAAGAGUAAGAUGGAUUGGGCCGAGCAUGUUGAUACGGAGGGCCUCCAGGAGGAGUUGGAUACCCAUGCAAAGGCAAAAGAAGGCUAUUUGACAAGAAUGGACUUCCUGAAGCAAGUUGAAGAGCGCCGGGAAGCUGAAGCCAGGCUGGCGAGAACGAAAGGCCGUUAA